CCUGUCCCCAUGGCUCUGUCCCCAUGGCUCUUGUCCCCGCAGCCCGUCCCUGUCCCCAUGGCUCUGUCCCCAUGGCUCUGUCCCCGCAGCCCGUCCCUGUCCCCACGGCCCGGCCCGGCCCGGCGCUGCCCCCCUCAGUCCCCGCUUCCCUCGCUGGCCCCGCCCCCUCUGACGUCAUUUCGGGGAAGCCGGCAACCCCGCGGGCAGCCCCUCCUCGCCGCCGGGGGGGGGGGGCGUGGCCUCGCCGCCGCGCUCCGCCAAUCGCCGCGCAGAGAGGGGAGGGGGCGUGGCCUGCGCGCCUUCCUGGUCCGGCAGCCGGGAGCGGCCGAGGACGGGGGCUGCUGGCCCGCGGCCAGCCCAAGCCGCAGCGCAGGGACCCCGUGGGACCAGGGGGCCGCAGGCAGCAUGGCGCAGUGGCAGGAGGUGCAGAGUCUGGCCAACGCCUGCCUGGAGCAGGUGCACCAGCUGUACGCGGGGGCGGCGUUGCCCAUGGUGGUGCGGCAGUGCCUGGCCUCCUGGAUCGAGGACCAGAACUGGCGCCAGGCGGCCGAGCCGCUCUCUUCCCACGCCCGGAUGCUCUUCCAUUCCAUGCUGGCGUUGCUGGGCGAGCACCUGGGCAGCCCGGGGUUGGGCGACGAGGACUUCAUGCUGAAGCAUAACCUGCGCAAGGCCUGCCGUGACCUCCAGGCCGAGUUUGGGGAGUGCCCGGAGAAGUUUGCCAACCUGGUGGACAACCUGCUGCAGGAGGAGCGACGGAUCCUGCGCCUGGGGCAGGCGGGAGAGCAGGCGGGGGCUGCCCCGGCACCUGGCGCACCCCCAGAGAGUGACCGGGAGCAGCAGAUCCAGCGGCGCUUGGCCGAGUUCCACGUGGCCCUGCAGGAGGCUGAACGUGCCUUCCGUCACCUGGAGGACCUGCAGGACACCUUUGACUUCUGCUACAAGGUGCACUACCAGCCGGGCGAGGCCAGGACCAGCGACCCCCAGUACACCCAGCAGGUCCAAGCCCUCCAGGCCAAGCUGCAGAUCCUGGACCGGCAGCGGCGGGAGGUGCUGGCGCAGAUGCAGCAGCUCCUGGGGCGCAGCGAGACCCUGCGGGAUUUCCUGCAGCAGGAGCUGGGGGCCUGGCGGGAGCGGCAGCAGCGCGCCUGCAUGGGGGCCCCCGCCGACACCUCCCUGCGCCUGCUGGAGACCUGGUUCACGGAGCUGGGCCAGGGGCUUUUCCAGCUGCGGCAGCUGCUGCGGGCGCUGGGGGAGCUGCGGCAGAAGGUGACGUAUGAGAGGGACCCGUUGAGGGAAGAGACCCCCCUCCUGGAGCGGCGGCUGCAGGAGCUGCUCACCUACCUGCUGAAGAGCGCCUUCGUGGUGGAGCAGCAGCCCAGCAUGCCCAACGCCUGCAAGCGCCCGCUGGUCCUGCGCACCACCAGCAAGUUCUCGGCCCGCGCCCGCCUCCUCGUCCGCCUCCACGACCGCAACCACGGCAUGGAGGCCAGCAUCCACAUCGACAGGGACCCCCCCAAGAUAAAAGGGUUUCGCAAGUUCAACAUCCUGACGUCGAGCAGCAAAACCCUCCUGGCAGGGGACAGUCCCCAGGAUGGGCUGGUCUGUGACUUCCAGUACCUGACGCUGAGGGAGCAGAAGGACAGCAGGUCGGGCAAGGGCAGCAAAGGCACCGGCGAGGGACCCCUGGUCGUGACGGAGGAGCUGCACCUCAUCACCUUCACGCUGGCGUACGCCUACUGCGGGCUGGAGCUGGAGCUGGAGACCUCCACGCUGCCCUUCAUCAUCAUCUCCAACAACAACCAGCUCUCCAGCGCCUGGGCCUCCAUCCUCUGGUUCAACGUGCUCAACAGCGUCACCAGCGACCGUAUGGACCAGCAGUUCUUCUCCAAGCCGCCCCCGGUGCCCUGGCCGCGGCUGGCCGAGGUUCUCAGCUGGCAGUUCGAGAGCGUGGCCGAGCGGGGCCUGAGCAGGGACCACCUCCUCAUGCUGGCCGAGAAGCUCUUCGGCUCAAAGCCGUCUCCGGAGAGCACCUUGACCUGGCCCAAGUUCUCCAAGGACGGCGCCUCCGGCUUCUCCUUCUGGGCCUGGCUGGACGGGAUCCUGGGGCUGCUCCAGGAGCAACUCAAGGAGCUCUGGAAGAAUGGGCUCAUCCUGGGCUUCGUGAGCCGUAAACAAGAGAAGAAGCUGCUGAAGGGGAAGCGGACGGGGACGUUCCUGAUCCGGUUCAGCGAGAGCGUGCUGGGGGGGGUCACUUGCACCUGGGUGGAGCACCCCGAGAGCGGACGCCCCGCUUUCCGCUCGGUGGUUCCCUACACCGCGGCCGAGCUGGCGUCCCUGGCGCUGCCCGACAUCAUCCGCGACUACCAGCUGCUGGUGGAGGAGAACAUCCCCGAGAACCCCCUCCAGUUCCUGUACCCCGACACCCCCCGCGACGAGGCCUUCGGGCCCUACUACAGCCAGCGGCAGGAGGGGAACCUGUUGGAGCAGAAGAGGUACCUGAACCGGCGCCUCAUCCGCGUGUCCUCCAGGCAGGCAAAUGAGUCGUGGCAGACAGAAGAGGAGUUGGUGGCUGCUACGGAAAACCUGGAGACGCUGCAGCUGCAGCCCGGUGGCCUGGGGACGCAGCAGCCCGCUGGCCUGGGGACGCAGCAGCCCGGCAGGUCGGGGACAUUGCAGGUCCCAUCUGGGAACCUGGGGACGCAGCAAGCGAUGGCUGUGAGCCCGGGGAUGCCGCAGCCCCCGAGCUCAGGGACGCAGCAAGCAGUGGCCGGGAGCGCGGGGAUGAUGCAGCCCGAGGGCUCGGGGACGCUGCAGCAGCCAGGGCCCCAAGGCCUGGGGCCACCGCGGCCACUGCAGGUGGGAUCGGGGGUCUCGGAGAUGCUGCAGGCAGGGAUUGGGGACCUGGAGCCGCAGCUGGUGCUGCAGCGAGUCCCCGAGGGCCAGGGGAUGGUGGCACCAGGGGGUGUGGGGACGCUGCCCGUGCUGCCCGAGGGGCUGGGGGUGCUGCCCGAGGUGGCCGGGAACGUGGGGAUGCUGCAGCCAGUGGUGGGGGCUGUGGGGCCACUGCUGGUCCCCGAGGACGAGGGGACGCUGCCACCGGAGCUGAGGGACCUGGAGCUGCUGCACAUGGAGGAGCUCCUGCAGACGCUGUCGGAGGGGCUGGAGCCGGGCUCAGGGACGCUGGAGACGAUGGAGGCACCGGAGCUGAUGCCCAACAUGGCAGAGGCCACCGACGCGGUGGCAGAGGGGCUGGGCCCCGGGCUGGCGAGCGCCCCCGCGCUCCUGAAUCCCCACGACCCGUUCCUGCCGCAGCUCGAGGACGCAGCCCUGUCCCCCGUCAGCUCCUUCUUCGCCACCGACUUCCCCCCGCUCCAUAUCGACGCCAACGACUUCCAGUGACUCCCCCCCAACGCCCCCCCGUAAAUAAACCUCUUCCCCACCCAUCUGCCUGCGCUGCUUGCGGGCAGACCCG